GGCGCUUCCGGGGGGCGUAGCCGGAAGCGGUUGUGUCUCCCCUGGAGGGGCGGUGCGAGGGGUCGCGUGGGCCGGAGGGCCGCGGGUUCGAAUCCCGGCCGGGGACACCGCGGGGCUGUGCACACGCAGAUAGAGCCGCGCACACCCCAUAGGGGACCCCCCAUCCUAUCGCGAUAGGGCCAUGUCGUGUCGCGACAGCGUGCAGAUCCCCGACGACGGCGACUUCGCGGCGUUCAGAGAGGAGUGCGAAUGCGAGCGGGGGUGGAACGUGAGCUACAGCAAAGGGGGGGUCCGAGUGUGGGUCAGAGCCGGGGGGGCGCCCAGCGGAGUGCACAGCAUCAAGUGCAGGAUGGAGUGCCGCGACGUGGCUGCGGCGACGCUGUACGAUGUGCUGCACGACUCCGACUACCGCCGCAGGUGGGACAGCAACGUCAUCCACAGCUUCGACAUCGGCCGCCUCACCGCCAACGCCGACGUGGGCUACUAUGCGUGUGAGGGGCGCUAUGGGGCGCUAUGGGGCGGGAUGGGUGUCCUAUGGGGCAGAAUGGGUGUCCUAUGGGGUGGAAUGGGGCUCUAUGGGGCGGGAUGGGUGUCCUAUGGGGCAGAAUGGGUGUCCUAUGCGUGUGAGGGGCGCUAUGGGGCGCUAUGGGGCGGGAUGGGUGUCCUAUGGGGCGGGAUGGGUGUCCUAUGCGUGUGAGGGGCGC